AAUCAUAGGAGUCACAGGACAGAGCAGUCAGUAGAAAUAAUGCCGAGGAUGCAUUCAUUUCUGUUCCUGGGCUAAAUUGGGUUAGAAAGUGUUUUGGCCUUAAAAAACCUAGAACAAUGAUGGCGGUUCACACAACUAACUAGUCGAUCCUAAUCAGAUUGUUCUCCUGCAUUUUUUCCGUUCGACUGGCAAAGACGACCCUCCGAUAUAAUUUACUUCACAUGUACACAGUAAAUGCAUCAUUGUGAGCGACCCUUGAACAAGAUAUUUCUCAUCUUCGGCAGUGUUAUGUGCUGUGCGUCCUAAUUAACUCAGCAAAUGUUAAAUUUGCUGUCAUUAGGCUGCUAGGAACCGUUUUAAUGAGGUGAUCUUUUUGAUAGAUGGGCUGUGGAUCCAGUCUAUUUUUAUCCUCUCCGUCCAAGGACACUACCUAUCGACUAUGGAGCCCAGUAAGCCAAGAGGGUGACGGUAUUAUGAAGGGGCAUCUCACUGAUAACAUAUUUGAAGUGAAGUGCGAUGGAACUUUUCAGGAGUCUGAUGCAAACAGUAAGUUCACUGUCAUGUUAUUUCAUGGCAUAAACAGGUUGCAGGUUAACCAGCGAUAAAACAUUUCCUUUAAUGGAGAUUAGAUUAGAUUUUGGGACUCUUUGAGGCAACAUUUAUCUAUCAAGGAGAAUGUUAUUUAGACCUAUGGUCGCCUUCGUAGUUAUUGCCCGCCGAACUUUAAAAGUUUCGCUUUCCGACAUUCUGAUCGUAGCUAAAAUGACAACCGAGGAAAAACCGCAGGGGCCCAGCAAUCCCCAUUGUUUUGCCCUCUUGUUCAAAGGUCCAGAAGCAGAUAAAAAAUACGCAUUGAAAGUUAAUAAAGAUGGAAUAGUCACAAUCGAGGUAAGAAACUGCAUCAUUUUGCUAAUCUAGGGCUUAUACAUUCAUUUGUGAAUCAGUUCUGUCAUUCAUCCAUUUAUUCCCAAGCCCGUUUACCUCCUAAUCCAUUGUUUCAUUUGCCUAUACACUCGUUAAUCAGCUCCUUAUUUUAACUUUCCACUUGUUCUCUUUGUUUAUCUUACACGCAGUUGCCACUUAAUUAUCCAUUAAAUUUUUGUGUUUGAGGCAACUAAAGCAAAAAUUUCCUUUUUAUUGAUGUCAAAAGUCUUAUGAACAAUCGAUUAGGUAGGUUGAACAAUCUAACAUUAAGGUGAAUUGUCUAUACCCCACUCUUGCAAUGGGAGACUACAAUUUAUAUAAUGCCUGUAGUUAAGAUUAUCUCUAAUUCAACGCUAUCUUCUAUUUCAAGGAAAUGAAAAGGGCUGAUAACAAGAGCUAUGUUUUUCAGUUCAUGGGCCUCGGGGGCUUCACGAUGCUGAAACACUUUGAAAGCAAACUCUACCUGGGAUGUGACCGCCGUGGCACUGUAACUCUGGUUAAAAAUGCUAAUCGUUUGUACCCGAAUCCUCAAACUGUUUUCAUUCUUAACAAAGUUGGUUCAGGUUAAAAUACCACUGAAUAAUGCUCUUUUUUUAUCCGAGUGAAGUAAGCUUCUAGGUAUUUCGUUUUGUUGGAGACGGUGUUCUAAAUUCCAACAUGUAAGGCUAAGAGAUGCAUAUUGCGUAACAGAUAGAUAUCUGAUAUUCACUUUAAUGAAGAGCCACGAGUUGACCAGCUCACUUUGUCUUGCUUUUAUCGAUUUCAUUUUUCGUUGUUUUCUUCAUGAUAUAUCCAUUUUUAUUACAUCCAUUUUGAGAUCACUGGUGGUCCCUGUAAUCUGAUUGGCUCUAAUUGGUGCGAUUUAUUCACGAAUCGCACAAUUUUUUGCUUUAAAUCACAUCUUUUCCCCAGCCAAUGAGGAGGCUACACUAAAAACAAAACAACCUAUCAGAUUUCAAGGCUUGUUUAAGGUAACCAAUAAAAUUGCAGGAAAUGAAAGACAAAGAGUAUCAUGUGGCAAAUUUUGCAAAUUUUUGAUUCCAAAACUCUUGUUUUUGAAUUGAAGAUGAAUUUAAUUUCACACCGGCUCAUUACUGCAUCAAUAAAAUAUUUGAACAGACCAAGUCCUGUAUUUGGGCGAUUUCAAAAUGGUUAUAAUAAACUUGUAAUUGAACCUUGUGUCGUGCAAUUUUGUUCUGAAAUCAUACUUGUGAUUUCAAAUUGAACUCGCGCUGCACGCUCGUUCAAUUUUGAAAUCACGCGUAUGAUUUCAGCCCAAAUUGCACCCCACUCAGUUCAAUUAUCAUUAUAAAUCAUAGAAUUUUAUAAUCAGUUAAACGUGCAAAUAUUUUUUAAGAGAUCCAACCCUUAAAACUAAUUGAAUCUAAGAGCCAGUGUAAUAUAAAUCAAUUCGUCACUUGUUUUCUCAUUCUAGGUUAAUAUGUUAUCUAUUUCAUACAACUAAUUGUGACGAGAUUCCUAUGCAUGGAACAAAGGACCCACCUUGGUUUGGCUUGCUCUCAACACGUGCUUUUUUGGCUCAGAUUUUAAUGACGUCCGGCUAUGGUAUCUAGAAAGUACGGACUGAAGUGGCAGUUAACUUUUAAAAGUCCAAUCUUUUCUCAUUAAAGUAUACUUAUAACCCUCCGCUCGGAUAAUGAUUAGCUGAAAACAAACUUUUAAAGACCGUCAUUAGAGAUUUUUUCAAAGUCGCCUCUUUCAAUAUAGGAAACACAACCGCCCGCUAUUAUACAGAAC